UGCCGCGUUAAAGUUUCUGACCAAAAUUAUGAUAUCAUUUAAUUCAAGAUUUCAUGGAAGAGUAUGAGUAGCUUAUAAAUUACGUAUGAUUAAGGCGAUGAAUUUUGGUCCCUUUAUAAACUAUCAAUAGCUCUUUGAUCGAUGAUCGAUCAACCUUUCAACCUAGCAGCCCUAUAUGUUUUGUGAAACGAAGAAAAGGAGGAAGGAAAUAAAUUUCAAGCAUGGACAAAUACGAAACGAUAGAAAUCGUAGGAGAAGGAAGUUACGGCAUAGUAAUGAAAUGCAAACACAACGAGACUGGACAACUGGUGGCUAUCAAACGGUUUCUGGAAACUGAGGAUGACCUGCAAGUGCGAAAAAUGGCCUACCGUGAGAUUAGAAUGUUAAAGAAAUUGUGUCACGAGAAUUUGGUAAACAUGAUCGAAGCGUUUCGUCGAAGGAAACGACUGUACCUCGUGUUCGAAUAUAUGGACCAUACUUUGCUGGAGGAACUGGAACGUAUCGGUGGCGGAUUGGGUUGGGAGAUCUCCAAACGACACGUCUACCAGGUCCUUCGGGGUUUAGAUUUCUGUCACAACUAUAAUAUUGUCCAUCGCGACGUGAAGCCCGAGAAUAUUCUGGUGUCUUCGCAUGGGAUAAUCAAGCUGUGCGAUUUUGGGUUUGCACGUAUGGUGAAUGGUGCGAACGAAUCUUGCACUGAUUACGUGGCAACCCGAUGGUACCGGGCACCGGAACUCUUGGUUGGCGAUCCACGAUAUGGGAAACCAGUAGACGUGUGGGCCACGGGUUGCUUGUACGCGGAAAUGGUAAACGGAGAUCCUUUGUUUCCGGGAGACAGUGACGUCGAUCAGCUCUACAGGAUUACCCAAGCGCUCGGUGGUCUCUGCAAGAAGCAUCAAACGUUAAUGAAGUGUGCUGGACCUGGUCAAUUGCUGCGACAUACAAUUGCGGAUGAAUUGGUAGGACUGCCGAGAUGCGCAGUCCUGUCCAUCCGUAAACUCUUUCCUAAUUGGGAUUCCGUUACUGUCGACUUCUUGGCUCAAUGUCUACACAUGGACCCCGAAGUACGACCUAAUUGCUCGGCGCUUUUGCAACAUCCUUUCUUCUUGCGGGACGGCUUUUCUGACCAGUUUCUCGUGACAUUGCUCGAUUUUCUUCAACGAGAAUCUGUUACGAAUCCUCUGAUAGCCAAGAGAUUCGAAGAAAGGUGGAGGAGCGUCUCGCUCUUGGCAAAUCAUCAGCCCGAAUCGUCGAAGAAAAUCUUGACCGAACCUGGAACGCAUAUCUACACAUGGCGUAUUAGUAUCUGCGAGGAUGAAUCCCGGCGUAGUCUUGAUGAAACGGAGUUAAAAAUGAUUCACUCUAUGGAAACGAAGCCAAGAUUCUCGUCGCUGUUAGAGUAUCGCAGACCUAUACAAAAUUUGUGUCGUUAUGGUCGUGUCUCUGUCCAACCGAAUAUGACCUAUGAUUUAUAGACUGGAGCAAGAACGAUAUACGAUCUCAUUUCCUUUUGUAUCGUGUUUCGGCAGUAAUAUCUAUCAGAAAAUAUCAUUUUGAUGUUAUGCGUACUGUUUGCGAUAAUUGCGUUUGUAUUGCAUUAUUUAUACAUGUGUUAUUACUUUCAUAUUAGAACGUAUUCAUGUUUUUAUGUAUAUUUGUAGCGAAUCUUUACAAUUAAUGUUUUCAUUGUAUUUGUAGGAACUAUUUGUAGGCCAUCAAAAAUGUAUGCAUUUUGUAUUAUGAAUAUUUAAAGCAAUGCUAGUUAACGAACUUGUAUUUUCUAUGUACAUAGUGUUCUCAAUAUAUAAUUAAUAGUUAUCGUACAUUUUGUAUUCAAAUUUAGAA